GGCGACUGAUCUUCGACAACCUGAAGAAGUCCAUCGCCUACACCCUGACCAGCAACAUCCCCGAGAUCACCCCCUUCCUGCUGUUCAUCAUGGCCAACAUCCCGCUGCCCCUGGGAACCAUCACCAUCCUCUGCAUCGAUUUGGGAACCGACAUGGUGCCGGCCAUCUCCUUGGCUUAUGAAGCAGCCGAGAGUGACAUCAUGAAGCGUCAGCCGCGAAACCCCAGAACCGACAAGCUGGUGAACGAGCGGCUGAUCAGCAUGGCCUACGGACAGAUCGGAAUGAUUCAAGCACUGGGAGGUUUCUUCUCCUACUUUGUGAUCCUGGCCGAGAACGGGUUUCUUCCAUCCGUGCUGGUUGGCAUCCGUCUGAACUGGGACGACCGGACAUGCAAUGACCUGGAGGAUUCCUAUGGGCAGCAGUGGACCUACGAGCAGCGCAAAGUCGUGGAAUUCACCUGCCACACGGCUUUCUUCGUCAGCAUCGUGGUGGUGCAGUGGGCCGACCUGAUCAUCUGCAAAACCAGAAGGAAUUCAGUCUUCCAGCAGGGCAUGAGGAACAAGAUCCUUAUUUUUGGUCUCUUUGAGGAGACUGCCCUGGCGGCUUUCCUGUCGUAUUGUCCCGGAAUGGACGUGGCGUUGCGAAUGUAUCCCCUGAAGCCUAGUUGGUGGUUCUGCGCCUUCCCGUACAGCUUCCUCAUCUUCGUGUACGACGAAAUCCGUAAACUCAUACUGCGCCGUAACCCAGGAGGAUGGGUGGAGAAGGAAACCUACUAUUGAGCCUCUUCCUUGGUCCAUUGCUGGUGUCUCCCCUGCAAGGGGGUGGGCACUCCCCCGUCCAAAAUCCCCCCUCCCUUUCCGAACACGAGAGUGUGGCUGGGACCGUCUUCUCGGACGCAGAAACAACAAACCGGUUCCCCGUUCCCAAACCCCUGCUCCCCCCCCCCAACAUUUGGGUGGCUGAGAUAAACAAUUAGUCUCUGUCUCAUCCUGCCUGCAUGUCCCCGGCCGGAGGCGAGGGGGAGGGAAACCCCUCCAGGUCCCCUCCCUCGGCUCUCUGCCCUCUUCUUUGUUUUCUUUUGGGGGGGGGAAUGCGGGGAGAGGGUCAUGUGUGCCACAGACAAAUGGAUUUACCUCUGCAAAAUACUCCUUUAGGAGCUUCCCCCCCCCAUACCUUUAAAAUCCCUUUCCCUAGCUGGAAUCGAACCUGGGACCAGUGGGGGCCGAGAGGGGGGGGGGGAAUUAUGCCUCGGAUAUGUGAAGCCAAAUGUGACAGGGUUACUGUUAAUCCGGUUAGCAGAAGUAGAGACUUUUGACCCCACC